AUGGCAAGCCAAAACGCACCCAAAAAGCUUCGCGUGGCCAUCAUCGGCGCUGGCCCAGCCGGAUUGGGAGCAGCCAUUGAAUUCCAGAAGCUCCCUUUUGUCGAUGUUAGAAUCUACGACCAGGCCACUGUUCUUCGCGAAGUCGGGACAGGCAUAAGUCUCCAGCCAAAUACGUGGCGCUUGCUAGAUCUGCUAGAUGCGUCUCGCAAUAUCAGCCCUGACGAUAUAUUUCGUCCUGAGGACCAUCAUUCUGUGCAACACCGAAAUGGAAGGACUGGCGAACUGCUCGUCUCGCAUGGUCCGCGAGCCACGGCCCCGAACCAUUUACAUGCACGCUGUUUCCGAUCCGUUCUACAAAACGCGCUCUUGUCGAAUGUGGACAAGUCGCGCCUCCGACUAUCCUCUCGAUUGGUCAAGAUUGUCGAAUCUACAUCAAAUACCUUUUCUUUGCGUUUUCAAGACGGGUUCGUGGACGAGGUGGAUCUGAUAAUUGGCGCAGAUGGUGUUCGAUCGUUUGUCAGGAGUUUCGCCUUUCCAGACCACAAAAUUUCAUACAUAGGCAGGACGGCGUAUCGGGGGAUCGUCCCAACAGAGGACAUUCUCAGCAUCCCCAACUUCCCAGACGCUGUUACUUUCUGGCACGGACCGACAGAUUGGGUAUAUACAUGCAACCUGAAUGGAGGCAAGUAUGAAAUCACAGUCAAUGCCGUGGAGCCUACAGAUGAUGCCACCCGGGUAAGCUGGGGCGAGAAAGCUACGUUGGAGGAGUUUCGAAGACCGUGGAAGGACUUUGGACCAACUGUCCAAGCCGUUAUCAAUAAAGUCACGGACGUCCAGAAAUUUGCACUAUUUGCUGGUCCUCGGCUGAACAAAGUCGUGGAACGCGGUGCUAUUGCUUUGGUUGGAGAUGCAUCUCAUCCAUUGUCUGGGGCAUUCGGUAACGGCGCUGGAUUUGCCCUCGAGGAUAGCUACACCUUAGCGCAGUCAGUCGCCUGGGCCCAACUCCAUGGGUACAGUUUGAAAGAUGCCCUGGAUUUGUAUGACCGUGUACGGUCACCGCAUUACCAUGAACUGUAUAAAAUCUUAGACAGAUUCGCGGCAUCAGACGCCAUCCGGAAGGAAAACAACUUUUCAUUUGAUGAAGCGGUUGCACAUACUAUUGGCGGUAAAUGGGGUGCAGAACACACUUGGAUCUACGAUUAUAAUAUUCAAGACGUGUGGACGAAGGCUGUCGAGGCAGAGGAUGCGCGUCGAUCGUCUCUAGACACGAGACACAACGCAUCGCAUUUUCUCAUCAUGGCGUUCUCGGUGCAAAAAGUCCGGCUUCACCCAUGGUACACCGUUAUUGUUGUCGCAUUGACAGCAUUCUGUCUUCCGGGCAUGUUCGGAGCUCUAAAUGCUGCCGGAGAAGAGUCCGCAACCUUGUCCGAUAUUGCAAACGCCGUGGUCUUUGGCGUAAUGACCGUGGGCGGUUUAUUCUCGGGCAUCAUUUGUAACCGCAUUGGGGUUCGCUGGACCCUAAUAAUUGGCACCCUUGGAUAUGCGCCGUAUGCAGCUUCCCUCUAUACAAAUGCCGCGUUUGGAAAUACGUUCGAUAUGGGCAGUUGGUUCCCAGUCCUCGGCGCUGUGACUUGCGGCACCAGUGCUGUUUUAUUGUGGACGGCAUCUGGGGCGAUCAACCUGGUUGUGCCCGCUGUUCAUCACCGUGGACGAGCUGUAGCCACGAAAUUCAGUUUGCAACACCUAGGGUCUUCAAUCGGUGGCAUGAUCUCGCUAGGACUAAAUGCGCAUAAAGACCAUCGUGGCAGGGUGUCUAAUGCAACAUACUUUACUUUUACCUCGAUCAUGUGUUUGGCGCUGCCCCUGGCUGCCACCAUUCCUCUGCCCUCUCAAAUUCGACGCAGUGACGGAUCGCGUGUGGUCCAGCACACUUUUAAUUCAUACCAAGAUGAAGUGAAAAACUUGAAGAAAGUGAUUUCUCUCAAGGCAUUUUUCCUGCUAGCGCCGUUUCUUCUCUACUAUCAAUGGGAUCUUUCCUACAUGUGGAGCUGGAAUGCCGCCUACCACACUGUUCGAGCUCGCGCUCUUCUUAGUACCUUGUUCUACUUGAUCGGCCCUGCCAUUGUAGGACAAAUCCAAGGCUGGCUCUUGGACAAGAAAGAAUGGAGUCGUCCUAAACGUGCUCGCUGGGGUGUGACAUUAUUUGUCAUCCUGACUGCGCUCGUUUGGAUCUACGGACUCAUCGUACAAUAUCAAUACGACAAAAAAGAAACAGUCAUCGACAUCACCGACGCCGUCUUUGUCAAAUCAUGUCUUUUGUUCAUCCUGUACGGUCUCAUCGAAAACUCGGGCAUGGUUAUAGGGUACUGGAUCAUUGGCUCUCUAGGACUUGAGCCAGGCCAGGUCUCGUCAUUCAUUGGAUUAGCAAACAGCGUUGGCGGCCUAGGCUCAACACUAGCCUUCGUUCUAGGCGCAGUCAACGUCUCUCUAAACUGGCAAGCAUGGGCCAAUGUAAUCACAUUUUUGGCCAGUGUCCCCGGGUUUCUUUAUAUCGGUUGGUUUAUGAUUGUGGACGAUAGUGAGAUUCAGCGAGCUACCACGACUGCUGAGACUAGUACUACUACUACUACUAGCAGUGCUAUUGAAUCGUCGGGGUCGUCGGAGCAUGAACAUGAACAAUAUGUUUAUACUGCGAAGGAGGAUGGGCCUUUGGGUAAUGUUUAG